CCGGGGGCGCGUGCGCGGUCGCGCGCGGCGAUGGCGGCGCUGCUGGAGCACGAGAGCCAGAUCUUCCUGGACCUGUUCCACCGGGACGGGCUCGUGGUGUGCGCCCGCGGGCUCGGCAUCGACCGCCUGCUCCUGCGCUUCCUGCGCCUCUACUGCGAGCCCGCCAGCCUCGUGCUCGUGCUCAACACCGGCCCCGCCGAGGAGGAGUAUUUUAUUGACCAGCUGAGGUCAGAUGGAGCUGUUCACCUUCCUCGGCGUGUUACCAAUGAAAUUGCAAAUAACACUCGGUACGAAUUUUACACACAAGGAGGAGUCAUCUUUGCAACAAGUCGGAUCCUGGUAGUGGAUUUCCUUACUGACAGAAUUCCUGCCAACCUCAUUACUGGCAUUUUGGUGUACAAAGCACACAGAAUCAUCGAGUCCUGCCAGGAAGCAUUUAUCCUGCGACUGUAUCGCCAGAAGAACAAGCAAGGCUUCAUUAAAGCUUUUACAGAUAAUGCUGUUGCAUUUAACACUGGCUUUUGCCACGUGGAAAGAGUGAUGAAAAACCUUUUUGUCAGUAAGCUUUAUCUGUGGCCAAGAUUUCAUAUAGCAGUGAACUCAUUUUUAGAGAAGCAUAAACCUGAAGUGGUGGAAAUACAUGUGGCAAUGACCCCUGCUAUGCUUGCUAUCCAGACCUCAAUCCUGGACAUUUUGAAUGCCUGUCUGAGAGAACUCAAACGUUAUAAUCCAGUUCUUGAAGUAGAAGAUCUCUCUUUAGAAAAUGCUAUUGGAAAACCUUUUGACAAGACAAUACGUCACUAUUUAGAUCCUCUCUGGCAUCAGCUUGGAGCUAAGACAAAAUCUUUGGUCCAGGAUUUGAAGAUACUCCGUACUUUGCUCCUGUAUCUCACUCAGUAUGAUUGUGUCACCUUCCUUAAUCUUCUGGAGUCACUGAAAGCAAGUGAAAAAGCUUUUGGCGAGAAUUCAGGUUGGCUGUUCCUUGACGCCAGCACCUCGAUGUUUGUGAACGCUCGGGCUCGAGUUUAUCGCAUUGCAGAGGAGAAGCUGAGUCAGAAAGGCAAAGGCUCUGAAAAACGUGAUGUGAAGAAGGAAAAUGAACUGAAAAGGGAAUUGGUUCUCGAAAGUAACCCAAAAUGGGAAGCUUUGAGAGAAGUACUGAAAGAGAUUGAAAAUGAGAAUAAGAACAGUGACAACCUUGGUGGUCCAGGGCAAGUGCUCAUUUGUGCCAGCGAUGACCGAGCCUGUGCACAGCUCAGGGAGUUUAUUAUUGCUGGGGCAGAAGCUUUUUUAACAAGGCUGUAUAACAAAACCUUCGGAAAGGAUGAGAAAGCUGGAGAAGCAUGGAUUACAGACAGAAAAGCCAUCAAGUCCAAAGGAAAUGCCAAACCAGACCCAGGGCCUCAAGCCAAAAAAGGCAAACUUGCAGCUUCUUCAAAACAAAAGAAACACAAGAAGCAACAAGACCGGACUAUAAUCCAAAUGAUAGGGAAAACCGAGGAGGAAAAGAGAGAGGAGUUAGAGGGGGAAGAGAACAAAGACUUAAGCAGUAGCCAAGAAAGCAGCGGUGAAGAGGCCAUUCCUGAAGAUUUUGAUGUGAACCUGCCCUCGGAUUGUUACUAUGGGAUUUUCAAGGACCCGCUGACCAUCAUCCACCCGCUGCAGAGCUGUGGGGAUCCCUACGCCCUGACCCGCGUCCUGCACGAGGUGGAGCCCAGAUAUGUGGUGCUGUACGAUGCAGAACUCACCUUUGUCCGCCAGCUGGAGAUCUACAAGGCCAGCAGGCCUGGGAAGCCUCUGAGAGUUUAUUUCCUCAUAUAUGGGGGCUCCACAGAAGAGCAGCGUUAUCUCACAGCUCUGAGGAAAGAGAAGGAGGCCUUUGAAAAACUCAUUCGGGAGAAGGCCAGCAUGGUUGUUCCUGAAGAGAGAGAAGGAAGAGAUGAAACAAACUUGGACCUGAUCCGAGACGCCAAACCCCCCGGUGUGGCUGCCGACACACGCAAAGCAGGGGGACAGGAGCAGAAGGAUGUUCAGCAAACUAUAAUCGUGGAUAUGCGGGAAUUCCGUAGUGAGCUCCCAUCGCUGAUUCAUCGCCGUGGCAUUGACAUUGAGCCCGUUACUCUGGAAGUUGGAGAUUAUAUUUUGACUCCUGACAUCUGUGUGGAGCGGAAAAGCAUCAGCGAUCUGAUUGGCUCCCUAAACAAUGGGAGGCUGUAUUCCCAGUGCAUUUCCAUGUGCCGCUACUACAAGCGACCAGUCCUCCUGAUUGAGUUUGAUCCUAACAAACCGUUCUCCCUGAUCCCACGAGGCUCUCUACAGCAGGAAAUUUCCAGUAAUGAUGUUACUUCUAAACUGACCCUCCUUACGCUGCACUUCCCGAAGCUGCGGAUCCUGUGGUGUCCCUCUCCCCACGCCACCGCGGAGCUGUUCGAGGAGCUGAAACAGAACCACCCCCAGCCCGACGCAGAGACGGCGAUGGCCGUGACCGCCGACUCCGAAAUCCUGCCCGAGUCGGACAAGUACAACCCUGGGCCCCAGGACUUCCUCUUAAAGAUGCCAGGUGUUAAUGCCAAGAACUGCCGGGCCCUGAUGAACCACGUGAGGAGCAUCGCAGAGCUGGCGACGCUGUCCAAGGACGAGCUCUCCAGGAUUUUGGGGAAUGCUGCCAAUGCCACACAACUCUUCGACUUCAUUCACCUCACCUACGGAGAGGCACUGGCCAAAGGGAAAAGCAAAAGGUGACUAAUGCCAUAGUUCAACGUGGAGCACAGAUAAACUCUUCUGGCACAGGACUUCGGCAAAUACAUGAAAUAUUUUGAUAAAUGCCCCCUCUCAGAUAACCAGCUCUUUCUUGCUAAUGCUGUUCCAUCAGCUUGGAAAUGUGAGUUAAUUAUUACUGAAGGCAAGUUUCAAAAGGAAUAAGUAUUUCUAACAGAGAUAUGUGAAUUAUAUUUAUUCGUUUUAAAGCACUUUAACCAAUUCUGUAAUGAAUUACUGAAUUACCACUGAAUUAACUAAAUUUUUUCACCAAUUCCAAAGGAAUUAAGUGCUAAGACUAAUUGAUAAAGGUGUUUUCAUGUGGAAGUUAUGAUGUCUUGUGUUUUGAUUAGUGUGUGUGACUUGCUGCACGAAACAUCACCUUGCUUUUGCCAUUUUCAAUGUCUUGCUCUCUGGAAACAGCCAGUUUUUGAUUGACAGUGAAGAGCUGUAUCAUAGUCUUUGCUCAGGAGUUUUUUUAGGAGAAUAUACUUGGACUCAAUCCUAAAUUUUAGAAUUACCAUCAUAAGCCUUUGUCACAGUAAGAUACAGUUCUAUGCUAUGCCUUACAUUCUACUUGCUUACUUUACUGCAAGUUAUAUUUUUUGCCAUUCCAAAGUCAGUACAGCUCUGUCUUGCUGGGUUUUGCAAAGUGCAUUCCUUUGGGCUGGACUGGACAGCGAUUCUGAAUUCUCAGUGUGCCUUACUUAUACUUUGGAGAUGCUUUAUUUUUUUAAUCAGUUUUGAUAGUUCUUUCACGUCAUUCACUGGCAAGUGAAAAAUCUGGGGAUACCAUUGGCACUGUUCUUUUAAAUAUACCAGGCCAUAUUUCCUCUUGUAAAAUGCAAUAGUUUUCUAAGCAAGGUUUUUUAAAAGUGUGGACAAUUCUUUCAAUAUUGACUUCUUUCUGUGUCCAAUUGCACUUGCAUUUUAACGUCUCAAAUUGUCCAUUGUCAUCUAGAAGAUAAAACUUUCAGCAUUCUGUGUAGCAUAAAAGAGGGAAAAGUUAUUCUUCUUUUGAUAGUUUGUGAAUGUGUUCAUUGUUAAAUUAUAUGUUCUGCACUGAACUUUGAUACUGGGUAACAAACUGCCGUUGCCAAAAGGGUUGGUCCAGUGUCAUUCCAUGGUUAUGUAUUUACAUUUGCUAUUUACAAACCCUUAUCUGUGAUUUGUACAUGUAUUUAUACGAUUCUAAUGGGAACAACAGAUCAAAAGUAUCUCCUUCAUGAAAGGAGAAAAUAUUUUUAAUGUUCAUGUUCAGUAAAAACUGUUCUGUGUACUUUCAGAUUUGUUUACUGUGCAUUUUACGUAUGAACUAUGAAUUGUUAACUUAUAUUCUAGGGCUGAGCUGUGACAAAUUUCCUAAGUGAACUCUGCAGAUGCAAAUCUCAGUAUUAAAUACAUCCAUAAUAAGAUUAAAAUUUGUUAAUUAUCUCGUUUCUCAUUUGGCUGUGUUGAUAUCAGAACAUUUUUAUUUUUAGUGUGUGAUUUUAUAUUGCCCUAUAUUCUAAUUUAUUUAAUAUAAAACGAAGCUUUUCAUGAGACUUUUGCUUAUUUAAACCAAUAUUUUUGGAAAUGAUCAGGAUUGAGAAUACCCAUAAAAUGGUGCUAAGAGAGCAGAAAAUCAGAGUAAGUUCAUGACUGACCUGAGUGUGUUAGAAAAGGGGAGGUGACCAGCCUUUGAGAACAGCCAUGGGAUGCUCCAGGAGCUGUGGGUUUGGGUUUUUUCACAUGUACUGCCUCGACUUUGGCAGUGAGGUUUGGGGGGUUUUGCAUAGAUUGUAUGGGGUGAAAAUGAAGGGUAUAUGAAGAGGUGAUAACGUAGUAGCUUUGUGUUGGAUGCUAGAUGAAGCUACAAAUGCAAUUAAAUAAUUAUUUGCUAAAUAUUUUGAUGCAAUUACCUUUUGCUAUAUACGUGGAAUUUUUGUAAAGCUUCUUCCUUUUC